AUGAAAUCUUAUGAUCGUCAAGUUAUUGUUGGUAUACAUGACAGUAGAAGACAUUCAGGAGUUAAUCAACUUGAAGGUUUAUUUGUGAAUGGUUCACCAUUACCAGAUAGUACACGAACACUUAUAGUUGAACUAGCACACAAUGGCAUGCUUUCAUCUGAUAUAAGUCAAUGUUUGCACGUAUCAAAUCAUUGUGUAUCAAACAUUUUAGCAAGUUAUUAUGAAACAGGUUCAAUAAAACCUCGUAUAGUAGAAGCUGAUGUGACAGAAAAAAUAGCUCAAUAUAAACAUGAAACACCAUCCAUAUUUACAUGGGAAAUUCGUGAUCGUCUUUUAGAAGAAAAUAUUUGUAAUUCCGAAAACAUUCCAAGUGUAUCAUCAAUAAAUCGAGUUUUACAAAAUCUUGAGUCUAAAUCAAUAGAUACAAAAAUGGCAUCAAAUAUUUAUUCAAUAAGUGAAGAUUCAAACUCAGAUUUUGAACAUCGUCAGGAUUUAGGAGUUAUAACGAAAUUUACACAAGAACAAACUGAUGCUUUAGAAAAAGCUUUUAAAAGUACACAUUAUCCAGAUGUAUAUACACGUGAAAAACUUGCACAAAAAAUAAAUUUACCUGAAGCAAGAAUUCAAGUAUAA